CAGCGCGCGCGCAGCCAAAAAAACGAAAGCAAAACCAAAGCUUUAACAAUGGCGGCAUGAAUCCCUCCUCCUCUUUGCUCCCAAAUCCCUCUCUAUAAUCCCCCUCUUCUCUUCUCCUCUUGCUCAGCAAUGGCGGACAAGGAGAACUCUGUCCGUCUAACUCGCGCUGCGGCGAAGAAGCGAGCUGCUUCUGGGGAAGCCUCGCAAACUCCAGCGAAGAGGAGGCGUGUGCCGCUCGGUGAGCUAUCGAUUACUCCCAAUGUCAAUCCGACCCAGCCUCGCGUUCUAAGCGGAGAUUGGGAGGGUAGAGGGAAGAAGGAGAGUAGAAAGGCUCCUCCUUUGGGGACCGUUCCGGUGGAGGAGCUUGCUAGGUCUGAUGCUGAGGAUCCCCAGAUGUGCCCCCAUUAUGCAUCUGAUAUCCAUCUCUAUCUCCGAUCGAUGGAGAUGGAGGACAAGAGGAAACCAUUGGCCAAUUUCAUUGAAACAGUGCAGAAUGAUAUCACUGCGAAUAUGAGAGCCAUUUUGGUUGAUUGGUUGGUGGAGGUGGCAGAGGAGUACAAGUUGGUUCCUGAUACUUUAUACCUUACAAUCUCAUACAUUGAUAGGUUUUUGUCUUCCAAUGCUCUUAAUCGCCAAAUGCUGCAGCUUCUUGGAGUUUCCUGCAUGCUAAUUGCCUCGAAGUAUGAAGAGAUAAGCCCUCCUCAUGUUGAAGAUUUCUGUUACAUUACUGACAACACUUACUCUAAACAAGAGGUUGUGAAAAUGGAGUCUGAUAUACUGAAAUUUCUCAAUUUUGAGAUGGGUAAUCCUACAGUCAAGACAUUUGUCAGGAGAUUCAUUUCAGUGUGUCAAGAAGACUAUGGUCAUCCAAAUCUGAAGUUGGAGUUCCUGUGUAAUUAUCUUGCUGAGUUGAGUUUACUGGACUAUGGUUGUGUGAGACAUUUGCCAUCUGCAGUUGCUGCUUCAGCGGUUUUUCUUGCGAGAUUUACCAUUAAUCCUGAUAGACAUCCUUGGAGCACUGCAAUGCAAAAUCACACAGGAUAUUCAGUUACUGAGCUUAAAGAAUGUAUCUUAGCCAUCCAUGAUAUGCAAUUGAAUAGGAAAGUGUCUUCUUUGACAUCCACAAGAGAGAAAUACAAGCAACAUAAGUUCAAAUGUGUGUCGGCAUUGUUGUCACCAUCUGAAAUCCCAGAAUCAUAUUUGGAAGACUUCAAAGAAUAGUUUGUCAUGUGGAAAACAAGUGAUAGCUGAACAUUUUUGGAGCUCAUGAAGGCCAUUUUGAACCUCAAU